AUGUCAUUUUGGCCGUUUGGGCAGAGCUACAACAAUUCCAACAUCAAUAGGAUUCUAGAUGAUUAUUUUAAAGUGUUACACACUCUGGAGAAGUCUGAUCCCGCAGUUGCCAAGUGCGUGCAGCAGAAUUUUGAUGGGAGCAACGGACUGAGUACAAACCUAUCGAGCACUGCAAAUAGAGAUGAGAUAUCAGUGGGUGAUCGAAGGACGCGGUCCGACGCGAACAGCAGCACCCAAAGGACGGAGUUGCAGAGUGGAUUUGCAGAAAGUUCACUAACGGUAAACCCGCGGCCAGUGGGCUCAACAGAUUCAAAUUCGAGUUUUGAAAGUUGCAGCUCGAAGACAAGAACUUCCUCGUUCACAUCGGGAUCGGAAUCGUCAGCGACUGAUUCGGAUGAAGAUGAUAUAAAUGCUGCGACUGAGCCUAUGACCAUAACGAUCAAAAGUUUGAAUAGCUCUUUUAUCGAUAAACUGUUGAAUGAAACAGAGCUAUUGAAUGAAUUAACUAGACAAAACAGCACAUUAUUAGAUUUCAUCUCUUUUGGGUUCUUCUACGAUUCUGCUACUCAUGCUAUAGUGCAGAAUAUUGAAUAUUUAAUCGAUUUGAUGAUUGAUUGUGUUGACAAAAUGAAAAUAUCAUCUGAAGAUGUAAUAAGUAGUCUACCGGAUUUCAUCACCCAAAAUGAUGACACAAAGUCAAACACGGAUCAUGUCGAUGAUAUUGAUGGAAUAGAUGGAAUUUUAAAUAAAAAUAACAGUGCGGCAGAAGAUAAGGAUAAGAACUCUGACCGUGACAAUGAUUGCAGUGGCACUCAAGAUGAACAUAAUAACACUUCCAGUAAUGCACACGAUGCCAAUAAUGAAAAUGACAAUGACGAUGAUGACAAUGAUGAUGACAAGGACACUUAUGACGACAAGCAAUAUGUCGAUAACAUAGCAGGUAUGAGUGAUAGUCCAGAGGAACCAAAUUUUUUAACUAAGGCCACUAUAAUAUCAGAAAUUUUCUCUUUGGAUAUUUGGCUGAUAACCGAGUCACUCGUAAAAAAUCAAAAUUAUCUAUGCAAAAUUUGGUCUCUAUUGAAUAAUCCAAAACUCGAUUCUGAAAGAUCUCCAUUAGUACCAAUAUUUUUAAAGAUAAACCAAAAUCUUUUAAAUACAAGGCAGGAUCAAUAUCUGAAUUUUGUACGGUCAAAAGAUUCAUUAGUGGAUGAUAUGUUAGCUCAUAUCGAAAUUUCUUUACUGAUGGAUUUCUUUUUAAAGUGCGUGGCUUCGGAUAAAGUUGAAGCACCAACAGGUAUAAUAGAAUUGGUAUAUGAUCAAGAUCUUAUUCCGAAAUGUUUGGGAUUCUUAAAUAAUGACACUUAUACUCCAGAUAUUCAAGCGUGCGCUGGUGAUUUCUUAAAAGCUUUGAUUGCAAUAAGUGCCAACGCACCAUUAGAUGACAUGUCUAUCGGACCAAACGAUCUGACAAGACAGCUUGUCUCUCCAGAAACAAUUGAUUACUUGAUACAUUCAAUACUGAAGAAAAGAGGUGCUGCUUUGAAUGUAGCAGUUUCGAUAGUCAUAGAACUAAUCAGAAAAAAUAAUUCUGAUUACGAUCAGGUUAAUUUAUUAACUACCACAAUUCAAUCACACCCUCCUUCUAAUAGAGAUCCUAUCUAUCUUGGUUACAUGCUGAGGGAAUUUGCAAUGGAGCUGCCAGAUCUUCUGGAGAUAAUAAGAAAUGAGGAUGUUAUGGGACAGGAUAAGACGCUAGAAAAUCAGUUACAUGAGCGAUACAAACCAUUAGGAUUUGAAAGGUUCAAAGUUGUUGAACUGAUCGCGGAACUUUUACAUUGCUCUAAUAUGGGACUAAUGAAUUCAAAAAAAGCUGAAAGAAUUAACCGCGAGCGCGAUAAUUUCAGAAAGCAAUUAACUAUUCAAUUACAAGACGCAUUACAGGAACUAACCAUUGAUGAAAAACCUGGUGACAGAAAUUCUGCUCAGACAGGCAGUAAUGGUAGUUUAGACUUGAAAGAAUCAUCUUCGAGUAAAGAGAUUGAUAGCCACAUUUUUAACGACAAUCGUGAUGACCAUUAUAAUGAUAAUAAUGCUGAUGAUAAACCUGAUGAUAAACUUUAUGACACGAAUUACGAUGAUGACGAUAUCAAAUAUGAUAAUGGUGAAAUUACUUUAAAUAGUACUGACGAUUGGGGAGUCGAUAAUGUUGAAUUGUCUCCGCAACGUAACUCAGGUAGCAAUUAUAACAGUACCGAUGAGGAAAUAGAUGAAUCGUUUGAAAUACCUUAUGUUAAUGAAAAUCAAAGUUCAAAAUUAAGAAAAUGCCCUACAAUCGGUGAUUUAUUCAAAAUUAAACUUUACGAUACCCAAAUCCUACCAAAGAUCGUUGAGUUGUUUCUAUCACAUCCAUGGAACAACUUUUGGCACAAUGUAAUUUUUGAUAUCAUUCAACAAAUAUUCAAUGGUCGAAUGGAUUUUUCUUAUAAUUCUUUUUUGGUCUAUUCACUUUUUAAUCUAAAAGGAUCUCUUCGAUUCAUGCCCCAAGAAUUGCCUAAAACUAUUACAGGACAAGAUUUUGGAAUCACGAAUGAUUUCAUUUUAAAAGGUUAUAAGGACUCGUAUGCUUUUUAUGAAAAGAAACAUAUGAACUUGGGGUAUAUGGGACAUUUGGUGUUGAUUGCAGAGGAAGUCGUCAAAUUUUCAAAGUUGUACAAGGUUGAGCUUAUUUCACCAGAUAUUCACGAUACAUUGCAAGAGGAAGAAUGGAAUUUUUAUACAGAUAGUGUCCUUAAUGAUACGAGACUCAUGUACUCAAAGAUUCUUGGAGGUGGAAACUAUAUAGACGAUGGAAAUGGGAACAUUAUACCUCAAUUAAACGAUAUGACAAGCGAAGAAGAUACAUCUCGAGCUAAUUUGAGCGAAGGCGUCGAAGGCGUUGAAGGUGGACGUUUGAUAAAUGUUGAAGCCAUCGAAGAACAGUUAGGAUUUUCCACUGAAUCUGAUUUGCAUGAGAAACUUCGCAGCUUAUUGAUUCAUAAUUCGGCGCAAGAGGUGGAAGCACAAAACAAGAAGAAAGGUGUAAUAAUUUUGGGACCGCCGCCGGAAGAGACUAUGGCAGAGACCCCAAAUAAUUCAACUUGA